UCUUCAACCCCCAUCUCUCUCCCUCUCUCAGUCACAGACCAACACAAAAAUAAACAUUAUAUAAGGCUUUGUUUGAGACAACUUUUUCUGCACUUCUCGUCCUUUUUCUUCCUUCGACAUAACACAGAGGGAAAGGAAAAGUAGUAGCAGUAGUAAGGAACGAAACCCCAAACCAACAUGGGUUUCUUGUUUCCAACCCUGUUGUUGUGUCUAUUUGUUGUGUUAAGCUUUUUCCAAACGAAAGCUCAGGAAUUUGACCCCUACUUGAAUGCCAAUGUUUCCAGUUUGAGCAGUGGCAGAAAACUUGCAGGAAGAUGCAACUUGUUCCGUGGAAAAUGGGUUUAUGACUCUUCAUACCCUCUCUACGACCCUUCUACAUGUCCCUUCAUAGAUCCACAAUUCAACUGCCAAAAGUACGGUCGCCCUGACACACAGUAUCAGAAAUAUAGAUGGCAACCCUUCUCUUGUCCCUUACCAAGGUUCAACGCAUUUGACUUUCUCGCUAAGUACAGAGGCAAGAAGGUUAUGUUUGUCGGUGACUCCUUGAGCUUAAACCAGUUCAACUCUCUCGCUUGUAUGAUUCACUCUUGGGUGCCUCACUCUAAAACCACCUUCACCAAGCAAGAAGCUCUCUCCAAAAUCACAUUUGAGGACUAUGGCCUCGAGUUGUUUCUGUAUCGCACACCAUAUCUGGUGGACCUUGACCGUGAGAGUGUUGGAAGGGUUCUGAAGAUUGACUCAAUCAAGAGCGGUGAUGCUUGGAGAGGAAUGGACGUGCUAGUUUUCAACACGUGGCACUGGUGGACCCACACCGGGAGUUCACAGCCGUGGGACUAUGUUCAAGAGGGUAACAAGUUGUACAAAGACAUGAACCGUUUCAUUUUAUUCUACAAAGGUUUGACAACUUGGGCUAGAUGGGUUAACAUCAACGUGAAUCCAGCUCAGACCAAAGUCUUCUUUCUGGGGAUUUCUCCUGUGCAUUAUGAGGGGAAAGAUUGGAACCAACCAGCAAGAUCUUGCAUGAGUGAGAAAGAACCAUUCUUUGGUUUGAAGUACCCUGCAGGGACACCAAUGGCUUGGGUGAUAGUGAACAAGGUUUUGAGUAGGAUAAAGAAGCCGGUGUAUUUUCUUGAUGUUACUACACUGUCACAGUACAGAAAAGAUGCACAUCCUGAAGGGUACAGUGGGAUUAUGGCAAGUGAUUGCAGCCAUUGGUGUCUUCCAGGACUGCCUGAUACAUGGAAUGUGCUUCUGCAUGCUGCUCUUUUUGGCUGAAGGAAGAAGCACCUACCUAUAGUGACUUGCCAACUUUGUUUCUUAGAGGAAAACCAAUUGUUUUCUAAUGUAGGAGAUGUUAGUUUAGCAUUCUGCUUCUUUGGAAUUGGAUAAUAAUAAAAGGGUUUGAUUCUGCAAAUUGUAAAUUAUCAUAUUGUUUUGGCAUAAACAUGCCAUUAAUGUACCAAACACAAUACCCCCUUUGGAAUAUUGAAAAGCAUUUGCACUGAAGUUUCCUU